AUGGCCUUUUGGAGCAUUUCUUCCUAUUUCUCACUCCUUGGCCUCCUGUCUCUCAUCCUUCUCCACCCUAUAAUCACCAUCACCACAGGAAUCCGCCUUCAUGUCAACCGAAAACCGUCCUCCACCAUCAUCCCCCCCUUCCGCGAGGCGCCGGCUUUUCGCAAUAGCAAUACAUGUAGCUCAAAUGUAAAAGAUAAUAUUCAUAUUGUCAUGCCCCUUGAUACAAAUUACAUUCGAGGUACAAUGGCAGCUGUUUUAUCCAUAUUGCAACAUUCAACUUGCCCCGAAAAUGUGUCAUUCCACUUCCUAUUGGCUCAUCUUGAGGCCGAAAUCUUUUCUUUGAUCAAAUCUACCUUCCCUUACCUUACAUUCAAAAUGUAUCGAUUUGACUCAAAUAUGGUUCGAGGAAAAAUAUCCAAGUCCAUUCGACAAGCCUUGGAUCAACCACUAAAUUACGCACGUAUUUAUAUGUCUGACAUUCUUCCUCUAGAUGUCGAACGUGUUAUAUACUUGGAUUCGGAUAUCAUUGUGGUAGAUGACAUUGCAAAGCUAUGGGGAGUUGAUUUAGGUGACAAAAUAUUGGCUGCACCAGAAUAUUGCCAUGCAAAUUUCACUAACUAUUUUACAGACACAUUUUGGUCAGAUGUAAAUUUGGCAUCGACGUUUGAAGGGCGUAGGCCGUGUUAUUUCAACACCGGCGUAAUGGUGGUGGACAUCGGCAAAUGGAGAAAAGGGGGAUAUUCGCUGAAGGUUGAAGAAUGGAUGGCAUUGCAGAAACAGAAGAGAAUAUAUCAAUUGGGGUCAUUACCACCUAUUUUGCUUGUUUUUGCAGGAAACAUUAAGGCAGUGGAUCAUAGAUGGAAUCAACAUGGAUUAGGUGGCGAUAAUUUUGAAGGCAAUUGUAGAAAGCUUCAUCCUGGACCAAUUAGCCUACUACAUUGGAGUGGCAAGGGUAAACCAUGGUUAAGAUUGGACUCGAGGAAGCCGUGCACGGUCGACUAUUUGUGGGCUCCAUACGAUCUCUAUCGUUCUUCUAGAGUUGCAUUGGAAGAAUGAUCAAAGGAUAAACAGAAGUAUGGAAAACUGUCCAAAGAAACCUGCUUAUUACCCGUUUUAAAGAUAAGACUCGGGAUAAGUCAUUUCCUUGCAUUGAAUGAAAUGGCUUACACAAAUUGGGAAUGCAAGGAAUGAAUUGUGCUUUUUUGAAGAAGACUAAUGCACAAUUUAGGUAUAGCAUAGAUUGAUUUUUCUCCUUUUUUGUUAGGUUGUCUUCUUGUAUUAAAAUGUAUAUUGUGACAGUAUGUAUCAACAUCAAGUUUUAGAGCCGACGUACGCGAUCCGAGAUGGCUGUACAUUUUGAGUCUAUAUACAGAGCCAAGAGUACCAUUAUGUUGU